CGUCCAAUGGGACAGUCCCAUCAUAAGUCCCAUGACACAUCUUUUCGCAUAACGCAUAACCGCAUAACCAAUCAGAAGCUUAGUAUAAGCUCAUAGACGUAACGAAACGUCAUUUUUUUAUCCUAUAAAGUCAAAGUUGCUAAAAAACACAUUCAGUUAUUGGAUAUUGGAAAAAUUGUCCACAAAAAAAUUGUGACACUUUUCUUAUGAUUUUCGGAACACGCCAAAAUUACAAGCGUAUGAAUCUACAGACGAUCAAGUUCUGACAAUUUCUUUUUUUGUUAAUGUUUAAACGCGUUAAGAGUAUUACGAAAAAAUAUUGUUGAAAUUUAUAAUGAAAUAAAAGAUAUUUAUUAAUCUUUAAUAAGAAUGGCAGCUUUAAUGAAGAAACGAGUAUUGGCAGAAUUUACUCAAAGUCAGGUUAUCAAUGAACCACCAGCCAAGCGGUUAAAGACUCUAAGGUUACUGUCAACGAGUACAAAAAGUGGUACUGACAGCAGUUCAGUUUUAGCUUAUAUAGAAUGUCUUGAGAAAUGUAAGAGUGGGAAUGAUGCAUUACAAUUGCUUGUUCGUAUCUCGGAUGCUAUAGCAUGUAUAGCACCAGAGGAUGUUCCUACAAUUGUAAAGAAGCUAGCGGAAAGAUUUGCUGUUGAGACUGAAGCUGCAGUUAGAGCCAAAAUUUUCUGGGUGUUUGCUGAGUUGGGGGAGAUAACGCCUGACACAGUGGAAAAGGCAAAAAUUGUGAAUGAAACAGCUGAGCUUUUGAGAAAUGAGGAAUCUCAUAGAGUAAAGAGUCAGGGAUUAUCAACACUAUUAAAGUUGGGAGAUUAUCAAAAGGCAAUGGUAUUGAAAGUUGCUCAGGAACAUUUGCCUGACACAUGGCAUGGUGUUCAAACACGGUGUCUUUCUAUCGUUGGACGUUAUUUGACAGCGAGUGCUGCUGAUGAUAUUUUAACAUUGAUUGGCAAUUAUGCUCGGUCUCAAGAUCCAAGAGUACGUGCUCAAGCUUUUGAAACCAUGGCGGAAUUACAUUCUCACAGAGGCUGUAGACUCCCUGCAAGUUUCUUCAAGGAAGCUUGUGCAGCUCUGCGAGAUGAUUACGAAAUUGUACGCCGAGCUGUUCUGAAACUUAUAUGGCUUUUGGGUAGAGAGUAUCCAGAGAACAUCAUCGUGGGACCUGAUGGAGAGGAUAUACGCAUGGUGGAUUGUGCCUUCUCGCAAAUUUGUAGUCUUAUGGGAGAUUUAUCGCCUCGUGUGAGAGCCUCGGCGAUGUCUCUUCUGGGAACGAUGAAAAGUGUAUCGCGACGUUAUAUAGAACAAGCACUGGAUAAAAAACAGAAAGUAGUUGAAACGGAUAGAAGUGAAGUUGAAGAAAAAAGUGGAUCUUGCGGAGCAUUUAUUCACGGUUUGGAGGAUGAAUUUUUAGAGGUGAGAACAGCAGCGGUUGAAGCGCUUUGCACGCUUUCAUUAGAACAGCCCAGUAUAGCUAGAGUUUCAUUAGACUUUAUGGUGGACAUGUUCAACGAUGAAAUUCAAGACGUUAGAUUAAGGGCUAUCGAAUCUUUAAGGAAAAUGUCGGCAAGCGUGACCCUUCAGGAAGACCAGUUGGAAACAAUUUUGGGUGCACUGGAAGAUUUCUCCGGAGAAGUGAGAGAGGGAUUGCACGCUAUGCUGGCUGCUAGUCACCUCGCUACCACAAAUUGUCUUUACAUGUGCGUUAAUCGUUUGGUAGAUAAUUUGUCUCGAUAUCCUCAGGAUAGAGAGAGCAUUAGAAGUUGUUUAGCAGCGUUAGGCGCGUCACAUCCGUACUUAACGUUGCCUUUAGUGCCGCAACUUCUUGGCCGGCAUCCUUUCUUCGACACACCCGAGCCAGACGUGGAUGAACCGUCCUAUGCAAGCGUGCUUGUUUUAAUAUUCAACGCCGCGUUACAUUGUCCAAGUAUGCACGCUCUGUUCACCGAACAUGCUUCGAAACACUAUCACUAUCUGCGUGAUACUAUGCCGCAUUUAGUUCCACGAUUGCGGCCAGCACUUACGAACAGCUCAGGGAUUAAAACGGAAGACAUGGACGACGAAGAGAAUAGGGACCAACGUGGUCGAGAGUUUUUGGAGAAAAUGGUAGCCGGAAUUGAGAACGCGAGACCAGGAGGCAGAGUCCACACGCAGCUUCUGGAAGCCGCGGCCAUUGAUCUCGAUCGCUUGGCAGAGAUGGAUCAUCAUAUGGAGGGUGCAGCACGUUUCGCCGCUCUGUAUAUUCGAUGCUUACUGUUGAUGAAAUCCGUUCUCAAAGAAUUCUCCGUGUCGUCGACGACGUCUAUUUCAGCGAGCCCGAUACCGAAUACUAGCAAUAACGUUUCCAUUCUUCUUCAGCACACACAAAAGUUGCAACGCUUGUUCAGCGGAUUGGGCGAGAAUGAAGUUACGCUGGCUAACGAUAUGUGGUUGAAGGCAUUGGCUAUAGAAUUGGUUAGAAUAACAAAGAGCGCGACCGGUAGCGCAUUGCCGCUGGCUCGUCAUUUUCUGUCGGAGGCUGACGCUUUGCCUCAAGAUACAUCGAGAUUGCCGCCAUUCUCCAGGGCUCUGGUGCUACAAAUACCGACACUGGCGGACGUGAAGCCAGGUUCCUUGACGCGACUCUUACUACCACUGCUCUUGACGCCGGUGGCGCAAGGAGAAGAACGACUGCCGAGACCGUCGGCGACGACGCGUUUCUGUCGAGCGUAUAUCGAAGAACCGAGAGGUGACGCCGACGCCGCGCUAAAAUUCACGGGCGGACUUUUACUGGGAAUCCCCUUGAACGCCAAGAUAUUGAAUCUUCGCGACCCCACUACUCUGCGAAUAAAAUUGAGACAUCCGGAUCAACAAGUGCAAUUAUUGUUACCGCGACAAUCAGACUUGCGUAUGCAGUGCUCUGAUCAGAAAGAUUAUAGGUUGAGAACGACGGUUCUUCUGUCGCAUCAAGUAUGGAUGGAGCCUUGUAACGUGGAAAUAUCCUUGGCACUGCUGGUACCUGCGACUUCGAUUUGCACACACCCGCCUUUGGAUGAUCCGUGCGUGAUCGAUUUAUGCAAACCUACCAAAGUAUCAAUCGCACCGAAAGCUAUCAAAAGAGGCAUAUAAUUAUAUCAUUGUAAUUUUCCUUAUCGAUUAAUUUGUAUAUGUCUGUAAAGUAAAAUUUAGUAUUUUACAUAUGACUU